AGCCCGUCCGAAAACCCUUGAACAACAUUGUAUGAACAGAGAACAGUUGAGUUGAGGCUAAUCAAUGUUAUAUAGAGCGCAAUCAUAGUCCCUCUUUCUUCUCUUCCGCCAUCGUUUUCUUUGAAACGCACAGCUUCAAUCACCGACCACACCACCCAUCAACGACAUGCUUCCUCUUUCCCUUCUCAAGACUGCCCAAGGCCACCCUAUGUUGGUGGAACUGAAAAAUGGGGAGACAUAUAACGGGCAUUUGGUUAAUUGCGACACAUGGAUGAACAUCCAUCUGCGAGAAGUCAUUUGUACAUCUAAAGACGGAGAUAGAUUUUGGAGGAUGCCUGAAUGCUACAUACGAGGCAAUACAAUCAAGUACCUUCGAGUACCUGAUGAGGUUAUUGAUAAAGUUCAAGAAGAAACCAAGAGCCGUGCAGAUCGCAAACCACCUGGUGUUGGGCGUGGAAGGGGAAGAGGCAGAGAGGAAGGUCCUGGUGGGCGCCCAACAAAAGGAAUUGGGCGUGGUCUUGAUGAUGGUGGUGCUAGGGGAGCUGGAGGAAGCCGAGGCAGGGGUGGUCCCAGUGGAAAGCCUGGUGGAAACAGAGGGCGUGGUAGAGGUUGAUUCUAACAAGUGACAGGAACUACUUAAUGUGUAUCGGUAGCAACUUCACUGCCCGUGUUACCUGUGCAUCCUUGCCUUGGCUUUUAGCUUCCAGUGUUUUUCUUGUGUUAUGAGCACAAAAAUGUUAGUGCUAUUAUAUUACUCGAGGAAAGUUUCUCUGCCAGACUGCCCCCGUCUCCCUUUUAAUAUUCCCAACAGCAAACUUGCCUUUUCCCUUUCUUUCCUUCCAAUGAAAAGUAAUGAUGGCGCAAUGCGUGAAAUACUUAACUCAACCUUGAUAUAUUUAGAGAUGUUAAUUUGACAAUUGUAUAUUUGGCACCAAGCAUACACCACUAUCUGUUAUUUUUUCUUUUCUC